AUCCAUAUAGGCGUUUGACUUGUGUCUCUCAUCAUCACUCGUUCGCUCGGCAUGCAUCCAUCCAUCGUUGUCAUGAAGUCACGUACGUACAAGGCUCUACACUUUACACAAGAACGACUCAAAAAGAAAACAGCCGCCGCAUCCCCUCGCCCACAGUGACUGUGCGCAUCCGUCGUCUGUCUGUCUGGUGUCACCCAUCCAUCACUCAUUCAUUCCUCAACGUCAAAGUCCGAGGCAACAUACUGCGUGGCGACCUGAAAGCUCGUGACGAACUUGCCUUCCGUGUCCAUGCGGCUGUCUGCCGAGAGGUAAUCCGACAGCCACUGACCAAUGGCGUGUGGAUGCCUGCAACGGAAGGAAAACGCAGCAGAGAAGCAAAUGGGACAGGUGCUCGUACGUGAACCUUCGUGGGAAUGAUCUGAUCUGUAGGUACCUGAGCCUGGCCCUCGCGAGAAUGAAGACAAAGAGCGGCAGCUCAUCAUCCAUCGCCUCGACCUCGUACCGACCUCGAGAACCCUGCGAGCGACAUACACCACACAAGCGACAUACCGCUCCCUCUCCACGUUUGCGUGCAUUGGUCGUGUCCCUCCCUCCGUCCCCGCAUCCCCAGCAUCCAUCCAUCGUCAUCCAUAAUGACCUACCUCGAGUACGGCAGCUCUCAUAUCAACAAAGGUGAGGAGCAGUAGGUACAGGGCCUCUGUUGGCGCCAGCCCCGGCUCCUCCAGGCCCGACAGGUGCUGGAUAGCUCGACUGUAAAUGCUCGACGCCGAACGCUGCGUCGAUGUGUCGUCGCUCGUGGGCGAGGGGGAGCUUCUUGUGUCUUGCGUGGACAUCAAUGGAGCCUCUCCCGCACGGCCACUCGCUGACGACGAUGUCGCACCGAGGGAAGAGCCGCCGACGACACUCCACUUGUCGUCGGAGGGUACCGUGGGCGGGCCAGCUGCCGCGGGAGGAGCCGCCUCCCCUCCUGCUGUGCGUUGGGGGGACGUUGGGGCAUGUUGGUCAUCAAUCGAGUCCAGUGUGAUCAGGUUGCGGGUAGGCGUAGCUGCUCUCCUCGCAGCAGGCGACCCGAUGAGCUCCAUCACACCUGGCAAUGACAGACAAUCAGGAGCCAACCAACAGCCACACAAUGCAUGCAGCACGUGAUGUUGCAUCUGUUUGUCACGCCCUCCCUGUUUACCGACCUUUUCGCGGCGAUAUGGCGUCUUCAAGGUUGAGGAGGUCGAGCCCCCGGCCAGUGGUGGCGCCACCCAGCCGCUCGCUCUUGCUGCUCCCAGUUGGCGACCCACCAUGCGAUUUGCCCAGCACCGAAGGCUCGAGCUGCCCCGAGAGCGAUUGUACGAGCAGGGGAGGGGGAGGUGAAGGGACAGCGGGGGGAGGAAGGGCAGGCGGAGAUGACGGCGGCACCUGGGCCGCUGGCGCCGGCGAUGUACCUUGGGGCUUCGGCUUGAACAUGUAGAACUUCUUGCGGAUCUCGAGAGCUCGGCACAGACGCUCGUCAGAGAUGUUCUCCAGCCGUUGACAUUUGCCCCAGAACCUGAUCACGCAGGCACAUGUCAGCAGACAAGGCAGACACAACAGUGCGGUCGGUCGGCAGUGCUGGCACGUGACGUGCAUUUGUUUGGUGCUUACAGGUUGUCCUUCUCAGCGUAUUUCGCGUGGUAGUAAGUGCGGAUAGUCACGCCAAUGGUGGAGAACAGAUAACGCUCGACAGCCAGCUGAGAGACGGACAGGACAGGCAUCGUCCACACGAGUGCACUUCCCGUCUCCUGCUCUCUGCCGUCUGAUCCUUACCGGACAUCGCGGAAGGAGGUCAGUGGUGAGGUGGGUUGUAAGGUCGUCCGAUCCCGACGCAGCCAUCGAUGCAAAGUUGUUGCGGAUGUGCCGGACAGUCGCAGCGAUGUAUCCGCGGACCUUUCGCAUCGGUGAGGCGUGCUCCCCGCCUCCGAUGACCAUGUCAGGCCCCCCUCCAUGGUGCUUCGCUUCUUCUGCCUCCAGCUCCCUGGUUUGGCGUGCCAGGUCCUCCUCCAUCUCUUGCAUGAACGAUCGCAGCGACUGGCCUACAUGUAUAAUUGAUUUAUACACAGGCAGACAGACCAAUGACUUGCAGAAUCCGUUGGCCCUCAGUCGGCACAAAGAUGAGUUACCUAGCAAAUACGUGUCGUUCGCCAACACCUUGCAGAAGUGAUAGUACGCAGCGGCCUACAAAGCCACACACCACUCCGCAUUAGCUGAUGACCUCAGACAAAUGUGUGCAUUGCUUGGUCGUCUGGUCUCUGUGCGCAUACGUCCAGUUUGAGGGGUCGUGAGACAGUGCUGAUGGUACUGCUGAUGUGGUGAAGGGCCUCCUCUGAGGGCGACCCAUCGCUGCCUGCUGAGCCGUUUGUGGCUGUUGCUGCGUACGGCAGGGGGAGCUCCCUUGCGGUAAGGGGCGGCGAUGGACUGCCUGGGUCUCGCCCCCGAUGGUGUGAUGCCGCACGGUGGUGGAAUGCCGCAUGGCUGUCAGCCCGAGUCUUGGCCGUGAAGCCGAAGCCAGCUGCCCCCAUCUCAUCCUCGUGGUCGUCGUCGCCGCUGAGAUGCAGCCUCUGAUAGAAGCUGGCCACCAGGACCUUGCCGACGGGCCAUGACGGCAGCGAAGACCCGCAAUCUUCACACCUCCCCUGACGCCACGCAGCAACGUUCGUGCCGUAAUUGGGGGACUGGGCCGUCCGAAAGGCGGAAUGGGCCUGGCCGAACUGAGACGAUGAGGGAGCCGCCAAGUAGCCGGGUGAUUUGGGGGUAAGGGAGGGGGUGCGGGAACGGACGGGCAGAUCCUUGGGGCUCAACGAAGCCGACCGCUGACCGAUGCUUGCAUUGUCCUGAACAGACGACAAUAGAGCAAGGGAUGGAUGGCCCUGACGACCCUGUCGUGUGCAUCUGUGUGUUGGGACCAUUACCGGCGAUGUCGGCAUCGAUCGGCUCGGGAUGAAAUGGAUAGCAUGGGCUGGCAGCGUGGAGCUGAACGUGAUGUCCAGCAGAUCGAACAGGGGCAGCAAAUCAGCGUUGCGACCCUGAAGCACGCGCGCGCGCACACACACACAAAGAGAGAGAGAGAGAGAGUCUACAGGACGCCGAGACGAUUGCACGUGAACGCCUGACUACGCACCCGUAUUGCGAUGACUCUCAUGUUCCUGAACCGCCGUCCACUGGUCACCUCACAGAGAACCACUGCCCCCCACUGCCCCUCUGCAUUUGCAGGAUGGAAUGGCAGCGUCGCGUACUCAUACGGUAGACGCGGCGGGGAUCGCGAGAACGACUCCGGGGUCGCAUGCUUGCCGUACACGUACGGCGAAAGGGCAUGGGGGAGCCCUCGCCCUUGCCUGCUCAGCCGUCUUGACUGCAUCGCGGCAUCACCGACCGCCUCUCGCUGCACGAGCCAUCGCCACGCCCACCCCCACCCUUGGAGCGCCUCGCCACCGACCAGGUGUGGUGGACUGCUGGACGAGUAGGCUCCAGACGACAAUGAAUCAGACGGAUGGCCGUCCCUCUCUGCGUCCGGGUCCCACUCUAGUUGGGUUGGCGAGCCCCGUGGCCGAGUGACCGUAUCGCAAGCCGUUGAAGCCAAAGAGCUGAUGUCCGCCGCGUGUUCGAUCGCGUCGUCACUCAACGGCAGCGAUGUCGUCACACGGCCAUCAGCUGUCAUUGCGGUAUCCCUGAUGGACGGGCUUGGCGUCCCCAGUGCUGUGUCUUGUGUGAGCGCGCCAGGGUGGGAGUAGCCGCCACCCUUGGUCGACGCCGUACUGGAAAACCGUGACGCAGCACCUGAAAGAGGGAAAACAGAGAAGCACCCAAUCUCCCUCGGCGGCGGGCAGACGGAGAAUGACAGAGACCGUGUACCUUGGAUGGCUGCUACGAUGGGCCUCAAGCAGUAAACCAGGCAUUUGGAGGCUCCCGCGGCGAGGAGGUCUCCUCGUCUCGAAUGCGUAGGCGCCCUGACGGCAACGCAGGAGUGAGGUGAAGUCCGCAUCACCUGAUAGUGGAGCGACUCCGCCACGGUCCUGAAUGGAAACAGGCACAGACGCUGCCACAUCACUGCCUGACAGGGUCUUCCCACCUUCUCACCUGAAAGUGUUGAGUAUGCUUGCGACCUUCACCUUGACUGGAAAGGUGACGCGGUACUCGAGGGCCGUCUCCUCAAAGUCCUCACAGGCAAGUCGACGUGCGGGCACUGGCCUCCUCUUCCUGCCUUCGCUGAGCGCCCAGUCUGCUUCGCCAACAUCGUCAUCACUGCUCCUCUCAUCGCUUCCAGGAGGCGCAGUGCGUGCACUGUGAGGACGGGGCUUCGACGUCGUCUCAUCAAAAGCACUGACAGGGGAGGACAGCGCCAUUUCGUU